AUGGCUGCUCCUGAUAUCCCUCUGAGGCAAAAGGCCGUAAUCUAUGAUAAACCUGGUACUGUUUCCACCAAGGUUGUCGAGAUCGACGUCCCUGAGCCCGGCCCGGGCGAAGUGUUGAUCAAUCUGACCCAUUCUGGAGUGUGUCACUCAGACUAUGGCAUCAUGUCGAACAAGUGGAAAAUGCUCCCCUAUCCCACUCAGCCGGGCCAGAUCGGUGGCCAUGAGGGCGUUGGAAAGGUGGUGAAAUUCGGCCCCGGGGCUGAGACCUCUGGUCUGAAGAUCGGAGACAGAGUUGGCAUCAAGUGGGUUGCCAGCGCCUGUGGAAACUGCGAGCCCUGCGAAGCUGGCUCUGACGCCCUCUGCUUCUCCCAGAAAGUCUCGGGGUACUACGCUGCUGGCACGUUCCAGCAGUACACACUGGGCCCGGCAAACUACGUGACCCCGAUCCCUGACGAGCUAGCGUCUGAUGAGGCCGCGCCCAUGCUCUGCGCGGGCGUCACCGCCUACUCGGCACUGAAGCGCAGUAACGCUCGCCCAGGCCAGUGGAUCGCCAUUUCCGGUGCGGGCGGUGGCCUGGGCCACAUCGCUGUGCAGCUGGCCUGCAAGGGCAUGGGGCUGCGGGUAAUCGGUAUCGACUACGGCAAUAAAGAAGAACUGGCCAAGGCAUCGGGCGCCGAGCACUUUGUCAACAUCGCCAGAUUUCCCGUGGACGAUGACGGCGCGGCCAUCUCCUCCCACGUGAAGUCGCUGACCGGUGGACUGGGCGUCCACGCCGCCGUGGUGUGCACUUCCUCCAAUGCUGCAUAUGCCCAGGCACUCCAGUUCCUGCGCUUUAACGGUACUCUCGUGUGCGUAGGCGUCCCCGAGAACGAGCCCAAGCCCAUCGCCAGUGCAUUCCCGGCCACCAUGAUUGGAAAGCACUACACUAUCACUGGGUCCACGGUUGGUAACCGGCGCGAGACGAUCGAAACGUUGGAGUUUGCCGCCCGCGGCAUCAUCAAGGCACAUGUCCGCACUGAGACGAUGGACACAUUGACUGGUGUUUUCGAGGAAAUGGAGAAAGGCACUUUGCAAGGGAAAGUUGUCCUGGAUUUGUCUAGUUGA